GAAUCUCUUUAUGAACAAGAAACUAAAGAAAUAGUUCCGGAUGAAAUGGCAUUAAAAGAAAUGGAGGGACUAAAAAAAGAAUUGAGCGCACUUAGAGAUAUAGAGAGUGAAUAUAUGAUCAAAGUUGACGAUUUAGAGCAUCAAUUGGCUGAAGCAAAUGAAGAAAUCGAAGAGAUCACCCGAUCUAAAACAGAAUCUUUGGAAAAAUUGACCGAAGAUAUGAACAUGAUGAAAUAUACGUACGAAUCACAGAUUGAGAACAUAAAAAAGGAGUCAAUUUCAAAAGAAGGAAAAGAAACUCGUUUCCGUAAAUUACAAAAUGCUCUCGAAAAAAUAGAAACAAUAGCAAGCACAUAUCCAGAAGUGACUCAAGUUUGUACUGACUUAAGAAGAAUUAAUCUUCUCCCUCCUAAAAAAAGACGCAAGUCUGCAACAGAUUUGUCUAAUAAAGAUAUAUAUGGAUAUGGUACUAAAGAAACACGAUCAACUCGUUCUCCUACAACCAAAAGUCUUAAAAGAAGUCCAUCUCAAUCAUCUCUUGGCAGAAAAUCGCGAGCAAGUUCUCUUAGUCGUACUGUGAGCCCUACACCAUCUGUAUUAUCAAGUGUGAGUGCCUUUAGUAGUAAGGACCUUCAGGAUGAGGAAACUUUAUAUAGCAGCGAAGAGAUAACUGAAUUAAAAGAAAAAGUUGUAAAACUUGAGGAAGAAAAUAAGACCUCCAAUGAGUCAAUAGAAAAAUUGGAAGAAGAAUUGAAACUACUUAAUGAAUCAAAGUCUAAACUCGAGGAAGAAGUAAAUAAUUUAAAGCAAGAAAAAGAGCAUUGUGACCGUAAAAUGAAAGAGAUGGAAGAAUUAUUGGCAGUACUUCCUUCAGAUGAACCUGAUGAUAACGAUUCAAAUGCUAAUAAACCAAUCUUAUUACCUAAUUCUCAACCAGUAAUUCCUCCACAAAACUUAAUCCAAGAAUUAGAUAACAAACAAAAUAUUAUUGAAGAGUUGGUAGAGAAAUUGAAAAGAAAAGAAGAACAAUUAGAAUAUUAUCAAAAUGCUUAUAUAAAAAAAGUUGAGGAAUAUGAACAAUUAGUUGAGAGAGCACAAGCCGCUGCAGCAAUAACUCAAAUAACAUCUAAUGGUACCACUUCUGAAGGAGGUGAAUCUAGCGCUGUGAAUGGCAAUAGUGAUCCUUCUAAAGUUCCCAUUGAUAUAUCUAAUAUUGAAAGUAAAGACUUUUCUCUUGCUAGCGAUAUUAUGGAUUUCUUUGGUCUUGGAGACAAUCAAGUUUCUGCCAUUGAAAAGCUCAUCGCACAAUUGGAAAGAACAAUUGUCGAAAGGACAAUGCAGCGAGACGCUGCUCAUCAACGAGCGACUGAUGCUGAGACUAAACUUUUGGCAUUAUCUAGAGAAAAAAUGAAAUGGGGAAGUGGUUAUGAUACAACAGUCAAGCAGCUUAAAACACAAGUUCAACAUUUGCAAGAGUUAUUACAAAUGGAAAGGAAAGCGGCAAGAAAAUCAUUAACGAAUGACUCUACACAGGAUAAAACUGAUAUUCAGUCUGAUUCGCAAGAAUUGCUGUCACAAACAGGGCAACAUCAACCAAAACCUACAUGCAAUGACCAGCCUCCAAUGACAAAUGAUUUGACAUCUGAGUUGAAAGAUCUUCGUAAUCAAAUUGAAUUACUGACCGCUGAAAAUAAGAAUUUAAAAGCUCAAUUGACUACCUCAGAAGCCAUAAGACAAGCAGUUCACGAAAAUACUCUAACUAUAUUGCAACAAGCCAAUAAAUCUUCUCAUACUACUGAUGAAAAUGUGACCGGAAUAAGAAAAUUAGCAUUAGAAAAAGAAGCAGAAGUCAGUGUUUUGAAAAGUCGAUGUGUUGGGCUGGAGAAUGUAAUUGAAAGACAACGAGAAUUACUUUCUCUUAUUGUUCCUUCUAUAGCUGGUAAUGCUACUACUAUCGGAACUAAAAAUUUGACGGAUGGUAAUGUUGGAGAUAUAAAAAAACUUGUUGAGGAUGACGGUAUUGAUGAAAAUACGCUUACGGGUCUUACUGAAUCAGCAAAGAGAUUGAUCCAACAACUUCGAGAAGAAAACGCGUUAUUACGCAAAGUACUUCCAAUAUGUCAACAGCAAAUAAGUAAAAAUGAGGAUGAGCCUCCACAAUAUACGCCACCAUUGGUGCCAUUUUCAUCAUCUACACCUACAUCAAUCCAGCUUGAUGCCCUUGCAUCACAGAUUUCUGAAAUGGAGGCUCGUUUCCUAAAACGAGAAAAGGAGUUGCAGGAUAUUAUUGCUGAAACAAAAC